ACUAACAGAGCUAGCCCAUUUGCAAGACGACAGACAUAAGUUUUAACUUAGACCCCAAUUAACCUAUUUUCAGAAGACAUAUUUUAAGUGUUAAAUUUUACACAUUUUGUACGGUUUAGUCUUUCAACUGAAGCCUUUCAAAGAGCAUAACUUGGAUGCAGUUUAGCGCUCCUCUUUCAUAGUGUGUGAUCGCUCAAGUGAACUCGUUUUAAAAAUAACCUGACCGCGAUUCUACUUCCGGGCCAUUAUUCGUUCUCAGUUUAUCAAAGGAAGCCUUCCCGCCAGUUCUAAACCGCAAGCGAAGAAGUGGUUGUUAGCAGUUAGUUCAGCGUUGCUCGGCCCUCGUUUUCAACGCUGUUUUUGGAAAAGCAGUCAACUUUUCAACACUCUUAAAAGCAGGUAUCGAGUUUGCUGAUGGUGAAAUCGUUGGCGUACUGGAGCUGCUUGUUGAUACAGGCGACUAUGGUAGCAAGUUGCGAAUGAACGUAAACUGGUUGGUUUUCUAAGAAGAAGCCCCACGAUGCUGACAAUGACUUUAUACAGGUUUCAUUUUGUUCUUCUUGCUUUGUGGCUGGCGCUCGCUGUUGUUACAGAGGUCGAAAGUGUGCCCUCUGGAAAAAUCACAGCUUCUAAACCCCGCAGAGAUGACAACAAAAACGCUGGAGCUUUUGUUUAUAAAGACAGUGUGUCUAAUCAACAAAGCAGCAAUCUAAUUGAAUGCAUCGCAAUUUUGCCAACCAAUGGAUGUAGCGGGGUGUUGAUCGAUGAAAGAUGGCUACUCACUUUGAGGGAAUGUACUACAGGUAUUUUAAAAGGGGAGGUAAAAUUUUUUUGCAAUCAUAUGCCAGCUUUCACCGUGCAUAUUUUAGAGACAAUUUCGAGAGAGCAGUUUUCUCUAAUUCUGUUAAAGAAAUCACCAGUCCUGUCAAGGAUCUUUCAUUUUCGUCUGUCAGAAGCCGACGUUGUCAGCCGUCAAAGAAAUGAAAGGUUUGUGUCUUUAGUCCCAAAACAAACCACAGGAACAAUAACUGAGGUAGUGUUUGUUUCCAACGAUGAACGGUGCAUUCUAAAAAAUGGGAAGGAAGCCAAUGGGACCAUUUGCUUAUCGCUGGAAAAACAGAAGUUUGAAAAAGCAUGUGGUUUAGCCACUGGGCUACCGGUAUCGACAAAGGGAGAAGAAAACGAAAGAGUUAUCGUUGGACUCCUGCAAAAUGGAGUUAAGUGUGAGAAAAAUCAGCGAACGCGGAGAUCAUUGGAUGAUGAUUAUGUUGUCGGGAGAGCCCUCUCUUCCCAAGAUGUUAAAUGGAUCCGAAAAGUUCGUUCCAUAUCAGAUGAUCCUGUGUGUGCCUCGGCUGGACACAAGGUUCUUGACGAUGCACAAAGACAGGUCUCCUCCUCAAUCCUCGGAGCGAGGCCUGGUGGCAAUGACUUGUGUGAUGGCUAUCUCAAAGAAGACUGGUACCGAUUCGAAGUCAAUGGGCAACCUGUUGAUGCUGCAAGCCAAUGCCCGGACGUUUUUUCAUGUGGAACAAAGGAGCCUGUUUGGAUCGCAAUGCCAAAGCGACCUCUGAUUGGUGAGCAAAUCGUGACAGACGGAUGCAGGACGAUCGAGUUCAGAGGCAGAAAGAUUUGUUGUGCUUGGAAACUCGAAGUUGUCAUUAAAAACUGUGGCGAUUUCCUCGUUUACCGGUUAGGCCCUACUGGAUUCUGUCCGUCAGCAUAUUGCGUUAAAGACACAGAUGAGCUUCUUUUGAAAUCCAAAACGCUGAAAACAGAUGUCUCAGCGUUGUCAAGGAAUUCGAUUUUGGAUAACAAUUUUCAAGACGUUGUUUUAGAUUUAAAUAUCGAAGAAUCCCCAAAUGUGACAAGGCAGCCUCGAAUUCAAGCCCGAGGUGGUGCCCAGAAUAGUGUUGUGUUUGGGUGUGCUUUCCAGUCCUCUGCCAGUCGCCCGGAAAAGGCCCAGUUCCGGGUCAACUGGUUUAGGCCGGUUACCUUCUUUGGUGGAAAGUUCGGCAGAAUUUCCAUAUUUUCAGAAACAGUAUCAAGGAGCCCUUCACUUUUCCAAGUAAAACUGGGAGAGGAUUUGCCGCUUGGAGUGACGAUCUACUGCGAUGUCCAACCAUAUUAUGAAGGGGCAGCAGAAAAGGGUAAUGCCACUCUAAGCGAAGGCUUCUAUGUCGGAAUAAAAGCAGUUCCAGAUCGUUUAGUGAUAGGUGAAGACGAGCAAAUGCACAAAAUUCAAUUCACCAGCACAGUCCCAAUCUUUUGCAAAGAUGGCGGCAACGAUUGCUAUAUCUCAAUUCCCUUGUACCUGAGUGUUGACAACCCAGAUCCAAAAAAGCUAGCAACCUUGAGAUCCGAUAUUGCCUUGUCUGCCUGUGAAGUCAGAGUCAAAAGAAAGGCUUGCGACGUGAAUGGCUGCGGUGAUGGAACUCUCGAUCUUACCGCGGUGACAGAUUUCAUUGAAGACGGUGACCGAGCGACGCGAAUUGUUACCGCGCGGGUGAGGGCGUUAAAGGCAGUGGGAUGGAAAGCCUACGAUCCACCCGAUAUUCAGGUUCAUGUGAAAGAUAUCGAAACCAACCGGUGCAGUGUUAUUCUAUCCGGCAUCGUCCUUAGAUUGAAUGGCAAAAAGACGAUCGUAUCACAACGUGGGAGUUUCAAAUUGUACAAAAGUUUGUCAAGGGUUUUCGAGGUGCAUACUCGAUUUUGGCCUUGUCCGAAUCUACCACAAGGAAGCUGUGCUUGUGGCUUUGUUGUGAAGGAGAACUUUGACGUCAUUAGCGUGGACAUGUGUGAUGGCGAGCCAGGGAAGACUGCCGUUCAGAUAUCGAUACUCAGUGGAGCUUUCCUGAGUCGAGGAGUGCAAAUUGCCAAGGCCAAUCAAGGGAAACGAUUCUCGGUGUACUUUCCCUCUGGUGCCUUUGUUCGUGCUGAUGUCUUCGAAUGGGGAAUGAACAUAUUCCUUCAGUCACCGAGCGUUGAUACUGGCAAUGUGGAAGGCCUGUGUACAGGCAAAAAUCCACAAUUUUACAAAGGAACGGUGAAGAAUGCAAGACUUGGAGACCUGAACAACUUGUUCACUAUGCCUGCAGUACAAGGUAUCCCAAGGAAGCAGAAUUUCAUGUGCGCAUGCUCCAUUAAUGAUGUCGUCAAGGCAUUUAGAGUGUGCAACAACACCCAAUCGGAUGCUUGCAAAAAUGCCUACUCCUGCCUGAGAAACGACCGAAUCAGCGUACCUGUGCUCAGCUUUGAGAUGGACAUAACAGAUAUCGUUCUCUCCAAUAUGCUGCUUGGUUUUCAGAGUCGGUUGUACAUUUUCCCUUGGGAUGAUAUCAACCUACUUCGGACUGAAGGAGAGGAGACAUUGCUGAUUGCUCCACAGCCAAAAGCCAACGUUGGAACAAAAGAGGAGUGCUUCACAAAGCUAAGCACUAUUCUGUUUGCAGUUCUUUGCCGGGAGUCACUCAAACUCGAUUUAAACAAAAUACAAUCAUUUUGCAAUGAUGCUCUCAAGCUCACUCCAGAAGAGCCUGCGGUGACUUUGUUUGGCCUGCUAGAGAGCAAUUGCGAAGAGAGAGUUAUUAAGAAUGCAUCCACUUGGGUCACAAUUUCAGGGGGUCAGAUUGUCCCAUCUUUGACAAUUCAGCGACACCUAUGUCCUAACUUGUGUAGCGGACAUGGGACAUGUAGCAAUGGUGUUUGUUAUUGCAACAGAGGGUACACGUCGUCAGAUUGCUCAAUCCCUGUUGCCCAGGCCCCGAAAGUUUACGCGGUGCUGCCCAGUAGUGACUGCGAUUUAGUUUACAACGAUUGUAGCAAGGCUGUCAUCACUGGCAACGGCUUCAUGGAGUCUCAUCAGCUCACUUGUAGUGUUAUCCCAAUGUUUUUGGUAAAACGUGUUUGGCAAGUCCAGCAAAAAAGAACAUCAAAUGCAGCCAUGUUUGACUCGUAUCGAUCAGUCUCCUGCGCCAUACCGAGGCCAGCCAUGCCGAAAAACAUAAACAAAGACGAUGUAGUUGCGUAUGGCUAUCAAAUCAGUGUGACAAACGACCAGCGCAAACUGAGUGAUUUCUUAUCAGUUAUCGUUUACAAUGGAACAUGCCUGACUUGUGGGAGAGACCAGCAGAGGAAAUGCGAUGUCAAGGAUGGAUUUUGUCUUAUCAAAGGUCUAUGCAGAAAUGACGGGGAGAUGAACCCAGACGACCCGUGCAAGGUUUGCAGACCUCAUGUCAACAAAUACGGCUGGAGUGCCAAUAGAGGCAGGGGUGCCAUAAGACAGCGGGAAGAAAUCAGCCUUUUGGUAGGAGACGUGCUUGUCAAGCAGCUUGAUGGCGGCAUCGGCAAAAUGAAUUUUACAAGUGUAUCACCCAUGCCAGACAAUGCCUUGCUUGAAGAUGGCAUACUUACAUAUAUACCUACAACUCCUGAAAACGCAGCUCUUGUGCUGCUAGGAGAAAACUCGUGCGGUUACAAAGUCUUCAAAGAAUUGCAUAUUCGCGUUUCACCUUGCCUUUGUAAAAACGGAGGAAUUUGUCAACGAUACACGAACUUUACUCUUGGAACAGAGCAUUACUAUUGCCUUUGUCCUGAUGGCUAUGAUGGCUCACUUUGCGAGAAGACAGUCGCCAAUUGCUCCAAAACCUGCAAGUUUGGCAACUGUGUUCCACAAAAUGGCCGCCAUGAAUGCAAGUGCAACCCUGGGUACGGGGGUAAGAAUUGUGGCGAGUUCGAAGCAUGCAAAACAUUCGGCUGUGUGCAUGGCACCUGCAUUGAUACAAAUGGAAAGCCUGGUUGUGUGUGCGAGGAGGGUUUUACUGGCAAGAAAUGUGAUGUUGGCAUCAACCCUUGUGUUCCUUCUCCUUGUAAAUCAGGCUUGUGUCUCGCCAUAUCCGAUACAGAUUUCAAAUGCCAGUGCCCACCAGAUAGGAAAGGGAAACUUUGCCAACAGGUGUUAAGUUGUAUUUCCAAUCCGUGUCAUGGUAAUGGGAGGUGCACAGAAACAGAGGCAUCCUUUAACUGCAUUUGCAAUGAAGGUUUUGAAGGCCCUGACUGUAAACAAAGAAAGAAUUAUUGUCAAAAUAAUAAGUGCGUGAAUGGAAGCUGUGAGAAUCUGAUACAGGGGUACAAGUGUGUAUGCCAGCCUGGAUUUACCGGGAAAUUUUGUGAAAUAGAAAUAAAUCAUUGUGAUUCAAAUCCUUGUGUUAAUGGAAAAUGCCAUAAUGAAGUGACUGGGUACCUUUGCAAAUGCGACGCUCGUUACACCGGGCAAAACUGCGAAUCGUAUGCUGAUGCUUGCAAGUCGAACCCAUGCAAAAAUGGGCUGUGUAGAAGCGACGAGGGCAUUUAUCGUUGUGUCUGUGAUCCGGGAUUCACAGGCAGGACUUGUGAGAGCAGGGUGAAUUAUUGUGGAUCAAACCCUUGCGCAAAUGGAGUUUGUGAGAACCUCUUAAAUGGCUUUGCCUGCAAAUGCUACCCUGACUAUCAAGGUGAGCAAUGUCAAACAGUUAAAAACAACUGCGCCUCGAACCCAUGCAGUAAUGGAGCAUGUGUUAAUAAGAACGGGAGCCAUGAGUGUGAAUGUGAUAGAGGCUGGAAAGGGAAACAAUGCACUAAAGUGAUCGAUUACUGCAAAUCUAACCCCUGUAUCAAUGGAAUAUGCGAGGGCCGUUUGAACGGAUACACGUGUAAGUGUUUCCAAGGCUACGCUGGAAUCCAUUGUCAAUCGACUGUAGACAAUUGUGCCUCGAGUCCGUGUAAGAACGGGCAUUGUCAAAAUCAAAAUGGAACAUUCUUGUGCAAAUGUAAAAGUGGUUGGACAGGGAAACAAUGUGACCAAAUUAUUGACCAUUGCAAGUCAAGCCCUUGUGCUAAUGGCGUUUGUUCCAGCUUCUUGAAUGGAUAUUCUUGUAAGUGUUUUCAAGAUUUUGAAGGAAAAAAUUGUCAAAACAUCAAAGAUAACUGCGCUUCGAGCCCAUGUGCUAACGGAGCCUGCACUAACAAAAAUGCUAGCUACGAUUGUGCAUGUGAUAGAGGCUGGACAGGGAAACAAUGCAACAAGAUGAUUGACUAUUGUUUAUCGAGCCCUUGUGCAAAUGGAAUAUGCACCAGGUUCUUGAAUGGGUAUUCUUGUAAGUGUUUUAAAGAUUACGAGGGAAAAAAUUGUCAAAACGUCAUAGAUAACUGCGCUUCGAGCCCAUGUGCUAACGGAGCCUGCACUAACAAAAAUGCUAGCUACGAUUGUGCAUGUGAUAAAGGCUGGACAGGGAAACAAUGCAAUAAGAUGAUUGACUAUUGUUUAUCGAGCCCUUGUGCAAAUGGAAUAUGCACCAGGUUCUUGAAUGGGUAUUCUUGUAAGUGUUUUAAAGAUUACGAGGGAAAAAAUUGUCAAAACGUCAUAGAUAACUGCGCUUCGAGCCCAUGUGCUAACGGAGCCUGCACUAACAAAAAUGCUAGCUACGAUUGUGCAUGUGAUAAAGGCUGGACAGGGAAACAAUGCAAUAAGAUGAUUGACUAUUGUUUAUCGAGCCCUUGUGCAAAUGGAAUAUGCACCAGGUUCUUGAAUGGGUAUUCUUGUAAGUGUUUUAAAGAUUACGAGGGAAAAAAUUGUCAAAACGUCAUAGAUAACUGCGCUUCGAGCCCAUGUGCUAACGGAGCCUGCACUAACAAAAAUGCUAGCUACGAUUGUGCAUGUGAUAAAGGCUGGACAGGGAAACAAUGCAAUAAGAUGAUUGACUAUUGUUUAUCGAGCCCUUGUGCAAAUGGAAUAUGCACCAGGUUCUUGAAUGGGUAUUCUUGUAAGUGUUUUAAAGAUUACGAGGGAAAAAAUUGUCAAAACGUCAUAGAUAACUGUAUAUCAAAUCCAUGUGAAAAUGGAAUGUGCAAAAAUAAAAAUGGUAGCUAUGAUUGCACAUGUGAUAGAGGCUGGACAGGGAAACAGUGUAAUAAGAUAAUUGACUAUUGUGAAUCAAGCCCUUGUGUCAACGGGAUUUGCUCAAGUAUUUUGAAUGGCUAUGUUUGUAAAUGUUAUCAAGGUUUUGAAGGAAAAAAUUGUCAGAACGUUAAAGAUAAUUGUGUAUCGAGCCCUUGCAACAAUGGAGUUUGUGUUAGCAAAAAUGGUAGCUAUGUCUGCACAUGUGAUAAAGGCUGGACAGGGAAACAAUGCAACAAAUUAGUUGAUUACUGCAAGUCCAGUCCUUGUGUAAAUGGACUUUGUUCAAGUUCCUUGAAAGGGUAUUCUUGCAACUGUUUUCAAGAUUUUGAAGGAAAGGACUGCAAGGAAAUUAAGGAUCACUGUGUCUCAAAUCCUUGCCUUAAUGGAUUGUGCCAAUCUAAAAAUGGUAGCCAUGAUUGCAUCUGUGAUAGAGGCUGGAAAGGGAAAGCGUGUGAUGUGAAAAUUCACCCAUGUGAUUCGAAGCCUUGCAGGCAUGGUGUAUGUGAGAGGAACGGAGAUUCUUACUUUUGUCUGUGUGAAGGAGGAUAUAUAGGAAUUAAUUGUACGAUACGAGACUAUUGUCAUGGAAAUCCUUGUGUCCAUGGAAGUUGUGUAAACAGUAAAGAUCAAUACUCAUGUCUAUGUUUCGAAGGGUAUGCUGGGAAAAACUGUGACGUCGAAAAGGAUUAUUGCGAAGCAAAUCCGUGCAAACAUGGUUCCUGCAAGAAACAAUUUAGAGGAUAUAGAUGCGACUGUUUCAGGGGGUACAAAGGACGAAAUUGUGACGAGAAAAAAGACAACUGUGAGUCACACCACUGUCUCGGAGGCGAAUGUCGUUCGCUGGUCGAUGGGUAUGUCUGCGAUUGUUUUAAAGGCUAUCGGGGAAGAUUCUGCGAACAGGUUAGUGAUUACUGCAUUGAAAAGCCUUGCGUACACGGAGAAUGCAUACCAACGGCUAGCUGGUAUCGAUGCGAUUGCGACCAAGGCUAUGAGGGAAUCCACUGUAACAAGACAAACACAUAUUGUGAUGUCAGUCCGUGCUUGAACGGAAAAUGCAAAACCGUCCCCGGUUCAUUCGAAUGUGAGUGUCCGAGUAACUACGAGGGUCUUUUGUGUCAGACGUUGAAAGAUCUCUGUGUCAGCAAUCCCUGUGUGCAUGGUAGCUGCGUGAUGGAUAGAGAAGGGUACAAUUGUGAAUGUAUUCAAGGGUUUAGGGGAACGAACUGCGAAGAGAAGAUAGACUUUUGUGAAGGCGAGCCGUGUGGUAAUGGGAGCUGUGAAAGUAAACAGUCUGAUUUCGAGUGCACGUGCGAAGCUGGGUUUACAGGGAAACGAUGCGAUAGAAAGUUUGAUUACUGUCACAAUGUGCCUUGUGAAAAUGGAGUUUGUGAAAACCUGAUCGGGGAUUACAAAUGCAACUGCUAUACAGGAUACAAAGGCAAGAAAUGUGAUCAGCGAAUUGACUAUUGCAAAGGGAUUCAAUGUAUGAACGGAGAUUGCCGUAGUUUGAAUUCAUCGUAUACAUGUGAAUGCCUGACAGGUUACACUGGGAGUUUAUGCGAGUCUAAGAUAGAUUACUGCAGAAAUCGGCCUUGUCUUCAUGGAGAAUGCAUUCAGAGAAAUGCAGGGUUCUAUUGCACGUGUUUCUUCGGCUAUAAAGGCGAACUGUGUGAUGAGAAGAUCAAUUACUGUGAGAGCAGACCGUGCUUUAACGGUGAAUGUGUAAGCAGGCAGAGGGGCUACGAAUGUAAAUGUGAUGUUGGAUUUAAAGGAAAGAACUGCGAUCGAGCGGUUGAUUAUUGCGAGAAAAAUCCUUGCCAGAAUGGAACCUGCAAAAGCGUUAAAGGUGAUUUCGUUUGCGAAUGCCCUGAUGGUUUUACUGGGAAAACGUGCGAGUUUCAAACUGAUUAUUGCAAAGACAGGCCAUGUAAACAUGGCAAUUGCAUUAAUUUCUUUAAUGGUUUUAAAUGCCAUUGCGACGAAGGCUACAGUGGUGACCUGUGUGAGUCCAAAAUUAAUUUCUGUAAGUCAAGCCCAUGUGUAAAUGGACGUUGUGUUGAAGAGCCUAAGGGCUUCAAGUGCAUCUGCCCGGAUGAAUAUGAAAGUGAUCUCUGCGAUGUCCCGAGAAAUUUCUGCAGGUCAAAUCCUUGUGUAAGAGGAGAUUGUAGUUCGUAUUUUGGAGGAUAUAACUGUUCUUGUUACGAGGGCUUUGAGGGGAAAUCGUGUGACAGGAGAAUUGACUAUUGCCUUAACAACUCGUGCAUCAAUGGACGAUGUAUCUCACAACAUACGAGAUAUUUCUGCCAGUGCUCAGCCGGAUUCGAAGGGACCAAUUGUGAAACGAAGGUGGAUUACUGCGUGAUUGACCCCUGCGAGAAUGGCACAUGUGUCAACCAUUUAGGGUACUACACUUGCAAAUGCAACCCAGGCUUUAAGGGUAAACAUUGCGAGCGGAAGAUAGACUAUUGCGAGAGUAGCCCAUGCAAGCAAGGAGACUGCGAAAGUCUACAGGUCAACUACAAAUGCCACUGCUACGAGGGUUUCUCUGGAAGGCAGUGUGAAAAACUGACCAAUCAUUGUUUGACCGUCACAUGUUUGAAUGGGGGCACAUGCGAGACAGUUGGGGAAGGGUUUAACUGUACAUGCGCACAAGGUUUCCAAGGACUUCUUUGUGAGGAGAGGAAAAAUUUUUGUGCUAGCAAUCCAUGUCAGAAUGGCAUCUGCAUUAGCAAAAACACUGGGUUUGAAUGCAUGUGCAAAGAGUCUUACAGAGGUCGACUGUGUGAUCAUAAAAUACAACCCUGUGAAUCUAACCCAUGCCAGACGGGCAGAUGCGUAAACAAUGGAUCGGACUUCCACUGCGAGUGCCCAAACACGCAUAGGGGUAAAGCAUGUGAAACUAAAAGAGACCCAUGUGAAACACUGCCUUGUGGUGGGCGUGGCAUUUGUUUGAGAUUCGGUGACUCUUACCGGUGUUUAUGUUAUCGUUCUUACUACGGCGAAAACUGUCUAAAGAGACGAUUCCCAUGUGACAAGAUCACGUGUCGCAAUGGAGGGAAAUGCAUGAAUGUAGGAAGGACCUUUAAGUGCGAUUGUAAGAGAGGCUAUAUCGGCAGUCUUUGCGAAAUCAAAGUCGAUGCUUGCAGAAAGAAUCCAUGCAGACAUGGAGAAUGCUUUAGCAAUCAAGGCGAAUUUUCAUGCACAUGUUCCGCGGGAUACACGGGAAGACGAUGUGAAACGCGCAUCGACCAUUGCAGUAUCAACAAUCCUUGUAAAAACGGGAAAUGUGAGAACCAACUUACUGGAGCGACCUGCGUGUGCCAGCCGGGAUAUGGUGGAGUGACAUGUGACAAAAUCAGGGAUGGUUGCCAGAUAGAAAACCCUUGUGUCCAGGGAAGAUGCGUGUAUGAGGACAAAAAGGUAAUGUGUAAGUGCUAUAAAGGAUUUAUCGGCGAAAACUGCGAUGUCAAGAACCCCUGUGAUCCAAAUCCUUGUAUUGACUCAAACUGCACAGUAAUAGAAGCGGCAUCGACCUCUUUCUCGUGUUCAUGUCCAAAGGGCGUCACAGGGCGACUUUGCGAAACGAGGAUUGAUCAUUGCAAGAGUUCACCCUGUGUCAAUGGAAGGUGCGUUCCUGGAAAUGAUAAAAUUUCAUGUCAAUGCAAUUUAGGAUGGAGUGGAAGGCUUUGCACUGAAGACAUCAACGAGUGUCUCUCGACUCCCUGUUUUGACAAGGUUGCAUGUACCAACAGUAUUGGCUCAUUUAGGUGCGGGCCUUGUCCAGAUGGAUACAUUGGCAAUGGAAUUCAGUGCAGAGUACUAACAACACCCCCACAGACUACUACAGCCUCAGCAGACCCAACAGAAAGCCCCACCACAGUGAAAAAGACGACCAAGGCAGUCGUUACAACGAAAUUUUUGCCUCCAACAACAGAACGAGAUCCGUGCUCUCCAAACCCCUGUGAUCCUCUUGUUAAAUGUGCAAAGGUUUCCAGAGAGAUCACCUCCGCAGGUUUCAUAUGUGGUAAAUGCCCCGCAGGGUAUCUCGGUGAUGGAUUCAAAUGUAAAAAACUUGCACGAGCGUGCGCUUCGAAACCAUGUUUCCGACGUGUCCGGUGUUUCGACAUUGCUCCGGGAAGGUUCCGGUGUGCAAGGUGUCCGUUUGGAUACAGAGGCAAUGGGCAAAUUUGCAACCCCAUCUGCUACCGUCGCUGCACAUCAGGUAGAAGUUGCAUUGCCCCUAACAGGUGCGGUUGUCCAAAAGGCUACUAUGGCGUCAGAUGCGAAAUACCAUUGUGCCUACAAGGAUGUUUCAAUGGUGGGGUUUGUGAGAAACCUAACAUGUGUCUUUGCAAAGAUGGCUAUGGAGGAAAAGACUGCAGACAAAAACUUUGCUCCCCUGCGUGCCGAAACGGCGGCAGAUGCGUUGGUCAGAAUACUUGUAGCUGUCGCCUUGGUUACGUUGGCUUGCGAUGCGAAAGAAUGAUCUGCAGGAUUAAAUGUGCCAACGGUGGGGUGUGCAAUGGACCUUACAGCUGCAAGUGCCCACCUGGGUAUGGAGGCCGACUUUGCCAGCUCCAUCAAUGCAAUCCUACUUGUCAAAACGGGGGUCGAUGCGUCGGCCCAGGACAGUGUGAAUGCCCAAGUGGAUAUGUUGGUCCACAGUGCCAAGAAGGUGUCUGUCUCCCAUCUUGCAUGAACGGCGGUAUUUGUGCCCGGCCUGGCGUUUGCACGUGUCUUCCGGGAUUCGUUGGUACACGGUGUCAGAGAGCAACAUGCGAUUUCCCUUGUCAAAAUGGCGGACGCUGCAUUGGUCCAAACAAAUGCUCUUGCUCUUACGGUUAUAGUGGAAAGAUGUGUGAGACAGCACAAUGCAACUGGGGUUGCCACAACGGUGGAACGUGCAUACGGCCUAACGUUUGCGCUUGCGUCAAUGGGUUCUACGGUUUUACGUGCAGACGGAGAGCCUAUCGAGCGAUCAGCUUUGAUCGACGAUUUUUGGGUAAAUAAAACGAAACUUCGUUGCCGGGCACUGCCUGCUGCUAAGUGGAACUGACAAAUGGAUGCUAACGUUGGCCAGCACAAGCCGUGACCAAGAAACUAUAUAGCGAGUUGUUUAUAUCCUACGAACGGCAGAUAUAGACGCUUUUUUAGGUAUAAAAGAAAUGCUUGUUGAUGUUGAUGACUUGACGCCUUUGAAGCCUUUGUAUUAUGGCGAGAAAAUGCUAGUAAGAGUCUAUUUAGAAAUCUAGGUUCGUAUCAACCAAUAGCAUUCUUGCCAUUGUUAUUAGAAGUCACGUGUCCGAGCAUGCGUAGUUGAUUUGUUGCGCAGGGUAAUGGUGACUAUGGUGAAGCGGUAACUUCAUGAAAUUUUUUUCUAGAGUUUGGGACUUUUUACCAAAAUGUCGUAAAAAAAUUACAUGUAAUCCAGCAAAAAAUAUAUCUAAAUGAACAUUGUCUUCUCCACUAUUGAGUUUCAGUAUUUACUAUGAUAUAUAGUUUGUGAACCGAAAACAAUUAUAAACUUCAGCUAUUUCACUACCCAUGUAUCAGCCAAAUUAUAAGGACUUGAGAUGAUCUUGCACAAUUACGUGUGGUCUAUUGGGUUAUAUGAACCCAACCAGAAAGCCGUAAGAAAAAUAGUUUUAUCACCUAACUACUCCCCUAUCGGUUUUGCAUUUCAAGUCAAAUUUAAUUUUCCUAUAUCAUAUUGACGUAAAAAGUAAUAACAUAGCUUUAUUGAAUUUUUUUUGGUAAAUAUCUUGAACCUUUAUUUGCUUAGGAUUUGAACUCGUUUUUAAUUGCAUUUAAUCUUAGACCAUAUUACGUUUCUAAACAUUUGUAAGUAGGGCACGUUUGAUUUUAAUAAAUAAUUUCCGCCUUAAAUGUUGA